AUGACAGAACCAAGAAAAGUUGCAGUUAUUACUGGGACUAAUAGUAAUCUCGGGCUCAAUAUCGCUUACCGUUUGAUCGAAGAGGUCGAUAGAGAUGUGCGGCUGACAAUUGUCGUAACGUCACGCACUCUUCCAAGAGCCCGCGAAGUUAUAGACCAGAUUCAACAAUUUGUUAAAAAGAGUCAAAGACCAGGUCCGGUAGAUUACGACUAUCUGCUUGUAGAUUUUACUGACAUGGUAAGCGUCCUAGGAGCUUAUUACGAUCUAAACAAGCAAUACAAAGAGAUCCAUUACUUUUUUGUUAAUGCAGCUCAGGGUGUGUACAGCGGUAUCGAUUGGCUCGGCGCAGUGAAAGAAGUUUUUACGAGCCCUAUAGAAGCGGUCACUAAUCCAACUUACAAGAUACAAAGAGUUGGAGUCAAAUCGCAAGACGGGAUGGGCCUUGUUUUCCAAGCAAAUGUCUUCGGGCCCUAUUAUCUGAUUCAAAAGAUCCUCCCACAACUUCGAGCUGGUAAAGCAGUUGUUGUAUGGAUUUCCAGUAUUAUGUCAAAUCCAAAGUACCUGUCACUCGAUGAUAUUGAGCUCAGAAGAAGCCCAGCAUCCUAUGAGGGCUCUAAAAGAUUGGUAGACUUGAUGCAUCUCGCCACCUAUAAAGACUUGAAAAGCCAAGGAAUCAAGCAAUAUAUUGUGCAACCGGGCAUUUUCAUUAGCCACUCGUUUUUCAAAUAUUUGAAUGUUUUGAGUUAUUACGGCAUGUUGUUAUUGUUUUACUUAGCGCGCUUUAUGGGUUCUCCGUGGCAUAAUAUUGAUGGCUAUCGUGCUGCAAAUGCGCCCGUUUAUGUGGCCACUAUGGCUAACCCGGUUUUUGAGCAACAAGAUGUCAAGUAUGGUUCGGCUACCGACAAAGGAGGCCUUGAGUACAUUCGCACAGAGGAAAUUGAGCCUACUGGUGUGCAAGAUGUCUACUCUUACAUCAACAAAUUAAAGGAAGAUUGGGACGGGAAAUUGAAAGAUCAAAUCACAAAUUCAAGACAGGUCUGA